UGAUGAGAGAGAGAGAGAGAGAGAGAGAGAGAGAUCUGUCUCUAUAGAAAAAAUCAAGGCACGCACGCAUGGAUAGCAAGACAGCAGCUGCAGCUUCGUUGCGCUCUUAUGAGGAUUUCGAGCCCUUCUGCCUCUGGGAGAGAGAGGACGCCCAGGAGACUCUUACCCUACAUCUCCCUGAUUUCAAGAAAGACCAGUUGAAGGUUCAAGUAAACAGUCAGGGUUUACUAAAAAUCUCUGGAGAACGUGCCGUUAGUGAGACAAAACGGAGUCGUUUUAGCAAGGAAACGAGGGUUCCAAAAGACUCUAUUGCAAAUGACAUCCGUGCCAAGUUAGCCCGCGGAGGCUAUCUCCACGUGGUUAUGCCCAAGAAGGUCACCCCAGCACCCGCUCCUCUUGGCUCCAAAACCCAUGAGCACCAGCGAGGCGAAAAUCCAAAGCUUGCGGGAGAAGGAGAUGCGACGGAACCCUCAGGUUGGGUUUGGAGACUGAAAGCCAAAUUGGGUAGAAAUAGCUCUGCUGCAACUGCUAUUGGACUGGGAGGUGUGGCUGUGCUGGCUCUUGCAGCUUAUUUUGCAUACACCUCUGGAUUUUCGCGUGUAGUUGAAGACUAAGUUAGUAAAUUUCAUCAUGCUGUAUAUUUAAAUGCCAAUAAACUUCUUGCUGGAUGUCAGAAAUUUGCUUUAAUUAUUUGUUUGCAUGUGGUUCUAAACCCCACAUAUUGUGAGCAUAGUUGUGGAUUCAUACAAUUCGUCUCAAUCAUAGUAGCAAAUCUAAAACCCACUGAAUCAUUAGAGAA